UAAAAAAAAAUACUGAAAAGAACUUUGAAUACAGUCUGGAUUCAUUAACUUUUAAUUAAAAAUUAACUUUAAAAUACUUUCAAAUUUAACUUGGUAAAUUUAUUGAUGAAAUUCUUUUUUUUUAACGUCUCAUUAAUUAUGCUAUUACAACGAUGAGAAAUAUUACAUAGACGAUUCUACAGCCGACAAUUCUACCAUCAUAAGAGAAUGCACGUCUGACUCCAUCACUCCGAGGCGCCCUAUGAGAUCCAUGUUCGAUGAUACGUCCUGCACCAUGCUGAAGACCUCUUGUAACCUUUUUUCUCCAUAAUCUGCAUAAUUUGCGAAACCCCAGACCUCCUGGUGUAGAAGUAUUAAUGAACCCUUAGUCAAACCACUGGAUUAAAGAGGCUUCCACAUUGAUGAAAUUCUUAAUUUCCAAUAACUUUUAGCGAAGUUGUAUAAAUAACUAAUUCAAUAACACCAUCAAUUUUACAUAAUUAUUAUACAUGCUAAAUUCAAUACAAGAACAUUUGGAAAAACAAAAUCUUUCAGAUCUCUAAUCCAAUGAACCCCAUAAGUAUCUGCCCCAUAUAUCACAUUCCCUAUACAUAACCCUAUUCCAAUGAGAUGGGGCUUUUUGGGUAUAUGCUCGUGGUAUAUGCUCAGAACAUGAUUUCUCUUACUAGGUCGUAUAACACUUCAAAAACACUUAUAAUAUGGUUUCUUUAACUUCCAUUUGACAACAUAGAUGUAUUUGUUUGUUUAAUUGGCUAGCUCUACUAUCCGCAAUCACACACGUAUAUAUAUGUAUCUAUGUCGCUGGACAUUUACAACCAAAACAGAUUCAAGAGAAAACAUAAUCUAGAAAACUUGUCUUUGAUCAAGCUAAAAUGUGCGAAUUGGGCCCUGCAUUGUUUCCAAAAUUUGGGAUGGAAUUGACUGGAGAGCACGAGAGCUACUCCACCAACGCCACGUCGUUUCUUGAUUUUCCGGUACCAAAUACGCAUGGAGUGGCUCAUCAUGAGACCAGCUUUGGGGUUUCUGUUUCGUCCGAGGUAAAUGGAAUUGACAACAAUUCGGUCAUGAUCAAGAAGCUUUGUCACAAUGCUAAUGAGCGUAACCGUCGCAAGAAGAUCAACUCUUUGUUCUCAACUCUUCGUUCAUGUCUUCCAGCCUCUGAUCAACUGAAGAAGCUAAGUAUUCCUCAGACGGUUUUGCGGACCGUGAAGUACAUACCGGAGCUGCAAGAGCAAGUGAAGAAGCUAACUCAAAAGAAGGAAGACCUCAUGGGGCGAGUAUCGGGUCAAAGAGACACUGACCGUUACAUUAAGCCGCAACCACAAGCGGUUGCUAGUUAUGUCUCCACCGUUUUUGCGACUAAGCAUGGAGACAACGAAGUGAUGGUCCAAAUCUCAUCGUCCAAGAUUCAUAAGUUUUCGAUAUAUAACGUGUUGAAUGGAUUAGAAGAAGAUGGUUUUGUUGUUGUGGAUGUUUCAUCUUCGAGUUCUCGAGGAGAAAGACUUUUCUACACUUUGCAUCUUCAAGUGGGCAAGGCUGAUAGUUACAAGCUAAUUUGCGAAGAGUUAAGUCAAAGGACAUUGUACUUGUAUGAGGAACAUGGAAACUCCUUCAGAUAUUAAUUUGUUCUUAUUUCUUUAAGCCAUCUCUUCUUCAUUUUGACCAAGCGUUAUAAUCUAGACUUGUUUCUGUUUUUUUUUUCUUUUUUGUCGAAGGUAGUGGUCGAUUACUAAUAGAAUUACCACUACAUUCUUAUUACAGCAAUAAAAUUUAGUUUUUGUCUAGUUUAUUACCACUACAUUCUUGUUUCUGUAAUUUAGUUUUUGAAACCUACAGCCAUAAUAAACUUUGCAAUAUACGAUUUUGCACAGCAAGUUUUCUAGAGCACUAGUUUAAGUGCUUUGAGAAUGAUUUUUUCUUUCUUUUGACAAAUAUUGUGCUCUAUCUCUCUACUAAAUAUAUAAUAAAUAUAUAAAAUAUAUGUAUAUAAAUGACUAGAAUAUUAUAAUUAUUAAGUAAAGAUUAUGUAUAGCAUAUAAAUAUAAAAAUAAAGUUUAAUUUCAAAUUUAAUGAUUAUAUAUCAUAUAUAUAUUAUAUAUUUUCACAAAAAUCAUUUAUAAUUAUACAAUAAUAGGUUAUAUUUAUGUUUCUUAAUUUAUCCAUUUGUUUUUUUUUUAAUUUUGAAUCACAACUUAAUAUUUAGUCAACUACUUAUAAUUUAAAAAUCCAUAACCAAAUUUCUAUAAUUAUACAUUAAAAAUCUAAUUAAAGAUACAACAAAAAAUCUACGGUUUAGACUCUACAUCAAAAAAUCUAGAGCAAAACAUUAAAAUUACAACACAAAAACCUAAAGUUUAUAUUCUACAGUAAAAAAUUAAAGAUAUAGCACAAAAACCUAAAACUUAUAUUCUACAGCAAAAUAUCCAAAGCUAGAGCAGUAACCAGUCGGAUCCAAUGUCUUCUACUCUUUGUUUAUAUUGUAACGAAAGUUCCAUUAGUUGAGUUUUGGUGUAUUAAAUAAGAAAAGACUUGUUUAUCAAAAAAAAAAUAAUAAUAAUAAUAAUAAAAAAGACAAAAUAAUGUUUUCAGAAGAGCCGGUGAAAUUGGCACUUAUUAGUUAAUAGAUGAUAAUGCCAUAUUUAUUAAAAAAGUUAAGGUCAUACAUAAUUAAUGAGAAGCCAUUUGAUUGGCUAUUCACUGAUUUUGGAGAUAUGCCACUCCAUUUGUUUUUGGUUUAUUUGGUGUGAGACAAGUGAUGUCGCCACCACUUUAUUAUUUUAUUUUUGUGUUGUCAAAACUUGUUUUGGUCAAAAGGUUCUAAUUUCAAAAUGAUAAAUAAUUUUUUUUUGUCGGCAAAAAAUAAAUUAAUUUCUUCUUUCAUAAAAUAUCACAACAUUAUUACACUAUUCUUUUGAUUAAACUUAUUAAUUAUUUUACCAACAUUUUAAAACGUGUAUCUUUACUAAACAAUAAUAAAAGAUGACUUUGUUUAUAUGUUUAAUUCGAGAUGACAUUUAAUGAUUAAUUAUCAUUGGUUGUUACAUUUGACUUGCUAAAAACGUCUAAAAAUUGUUCGUUGACAAAAUAAUGAAAUAAAUAAUCAAAGAUAAAGUUAUAAUUAAUAUUUCUUUAAUUAGUGGGCAAAACUUUUAAAUUUCAAAAUUAAAACAGAGAUAAUAGUAGAGAAAUACAAAUUAACCAGAUUGCAAAAACUAACAAAAAAUGAACUAUAAAAGUAUCAUUCUUUUGGAAGUAUCGUAUCCUAAUGGUUAAAGUUUAAAGGCUUUUACACUCAGACUUAGAGUUCGAUUCCAUGUUAUGCAAUUUCUUGCAAAUUACACAUUAUAUAAGGUCCAGGUUUCAAUUACCGGAAAACGAUUUAUUAAAUAAUUAUGCAGACUAAGAAAGAAAGGCUUACAAAGGAUCUUCAACAAGGUGUAAGUAAAUCCGGUCAGGCUUAAAUCCUCAUAAAUCAUGUAGUAUUGUCGGUUGCCGAAUCGUCUAUGUAAUCUUUCUCAUAAGUGUAAUAUCAUAAUAAAUCAGCGUAAAAAAUGUAUCAUUCUCAUAGAUGCUUUUCCAAAAGUAAAAAACAUAAUUACUAUUGGUUCUGUAUUUAUUACCGCCUCUAAAAUAUUUUAAGUCUUGCAUGAUAUAUAUUAUUAAUAAUAUCAAAAUUAUUAUAGAAGAUAUACAUAUAUAAAGCAUAAUUGUCUAAUUUUAUAUUAACCUGGAAUAUUCCAGAUCUAUGAAAAAAAUCAGACUAAUUCACAAAAAAAUGCAUUCAGUGAAUAGAUAUUUAAAUGGGUUGAGAGUAAAAGUUUAAUUUCCAUGACCAAUAUGAUUUAAUUUUGCGUAAUAGGUAGAUCGAACAUGACCACUCAACAAAAUGCUGGACAUAAUUAUCAAUUUUUAUGGAAACAAAUUCACAUGAUGGGUUCAGUAUAGGCAUGUGCAAAAAAAACUGGAACCGAAUAACCGAACCAAAAUAACCGGAAACAGACUGAACCCCUCAAAUAUCUGAAUGAUUCUUAUAUUUCUAUAUCCGAAAUAACUGAACUGGACCGGAAUCGUACCGAGAACCAAACGUGUACCUGAAUAUAUAAAAAUAUUAAUUAUAUAUACAUAUAACAUAAACAAAUAUAUAUAUUUAUAAUUUAAAAUUUUAUUAAAAGUAUCCGAAAAUAUUUGAAGAAAAAUAAAUUAUUACAAAGUAUCUGAACAAUCCAAAAGUAUCCGUAUAUUUUUAUCUGAAAUAUCCAAAAUAUUCAAGAUUUUAUCUAUUCUAACUAUUUGUUAUUUUACCUAAAAUACCGAUAUUUAACCCGACAUAUCUAAACUACCCAAAAUAACCGAACUACCCGAAAUAACCGAACUACCCGAAAUAACCGAGCCGGAACCAAAUGAGAACCAAUUUUUUGGGUAUUUUCCGGUUCUUAAUUUUACUAUCGGAACCAAACCGAACCCAAAACUAUCCGAACCGAACCAAAAAUAAGUCAAGUAGAAAAUGGAUCAUCUAACUCCCUAUCCAAACUACCCAAUAAUCGAAAUACCCAAAUCGAGCCGAAUCAAACCGAUACCCGAGAUACCCAGGCGUAGCCUAGUUCAGUCUCCCAGAAUCUUAGUUAUUUGAUGCGAUGUUCCAAAAUCCGGUAACAACUAAUGACAAAUCUUUUGGAGGCUUUUUUUCUUUUUGUUGAUCUACUUCACAUCGUAUUAAAAAUAAUUCUUGCAAAUCUCUUUUCGUAUUUCAGGACUUCCCAAUCGAUCAAUCAUACAAAUAUGGUGUCCAUCACGUUUUUAAAAAAACUUUUUAUUUGCAGUAAAUUAAACGUGGCACAAGUGUUCACUCAUUAUGAACCAUUUUUUUUUGAAUUUGCCUUACCCAGACCCAAAUAUCUAACGUGAUUUAGCCUAGUUGUCCAGUCAAGAAGCUUAAUAACAAGUUACCACAAAAAAGAAGAAGCUUAAUAACAAUGCUAGUGAGCGGUACCGUCGUAAGAAAAUCAACUUUUUUUUCUUCUCAUCUCCCUUCAUGUCUUCUAGCCUCAGAUCAAUCAGUAAGUUGACCUAAUUAAUACAUAUUAUAAUCGACUUGUUGUUUUAAAUAAUGAAGCUGGAUUUAUUUAAGAUAAAGAAAUUCGAAAUGCUUAUGUAUAGGCUUACAUUAUGAAGAUGCAUGUAUAGGCUUACAACAUCCAAAACGUUUGGGGCGAUGACGACGCCCAAAACAUCCUCCACCUGAUUUCCACGAGCUUCCAAAACGUUUGCUAUCGACUGUCUAUUAUGUAAAGAUAUAACAUCAAUUAAGUUUUUGGUUCUCUACGCUUCGAUACAACAAUACCGGUUACAAAAAUUAAUAUAAAUAUGUUUUGCCUGGCAAAAGCUUUUACUGCAAGAAGUAGGCCUGCUAUUCUUUAUUUUAGAAAUUUUGUUAUUAUAUAUAGUUAAUACUUGUAAAAAAAAAUAUAGUUAAUACCUAACAGGUUAUUAUGUUUGGUGUAUCAUUAAUUAAGAUGAUGAAAGACAAAAGGAUUGUAUUGCAUUACAACUACUAAUAUAACCACUUGAUGGUGGUCUUAUGAGAUUUGGGUUACUAAGCAAUAUGGGUUCAAAGACACCUCUACAUAUUCCAACACGUGUUCACGCGGAUAUGAAUUUAUACUUAUAACUUUGAAUACCCGAAAAAGAGUCCAUUUGUAAACUACACUUUUCCUUUAGAAUUACUCUAGAUUUUUCCAUAAACUAGGUAUACUUCCAAGUUAAAUAGAAAAAAAAACCCUACAAAUAUCAUCAACUGAGGGCAUCAUCAUAUUAAAAAUGAAAAAAUUCAUUGGAUUUGGUUUUGUUUUUGUUAAAUAAACAAUGAAAAUAUAUUGGUUUAGAGAGACGGGUUUCUUUCGCUUGGUUAAAAACUUAAAACAUAUUGAUAUCAAAUAAGACUGAAUUUACAGGAUGAUAAUUGUCGUUUUCAACAUAUUAUAUUUGUUUGGAAAUUUGGAUCACUCUAAGAAUAUAUGAAACCUCAUUGACUCACAUUUAAAGUUUGGGAAUAUUUUUGACCAGUUCGUGGAAAAUAACUAAACUAUAACAUAUUUUAGGUUAGAUAUAUAUAUAUAUAAGUUGGCCUAAUUAAUGAAUAUUGUAAUGGAUUUGUUGUAUUAAACAAAGAGGUAGGAUUUAUUUAAGAUAAUGAAGCUGCUUAUGUAUAGGGGAGAAGACGACGCCCAAAGCAUCUUCCACCUGGUUCCCACGAGCUUCCAACAAUUUCUCCAAGCUGAGUCAUCUUUCAAUAUGUAAGCAAAAAUCUUAUUAUAGUGUUAUACAUGUACAACUCUUGUUUGGAUUCUUGUCCAAUAUAGCUAUUGGUGAUUGGGCCUACUUCAUGUGUGGAGCAUAGGCUCUGGCUCGUGUCACCUAUCACCUAUGCCCUUUGUAAAGACCUAAAUAUUUCUUUUUAUAGUAUGAUAGAAACAUAUAGUUUCUUAUUAAUAAGUAACAACAUGGAUUGCUCAAAAAAGAAAGAAGAAGUAACAACAUAGAUUUAUUUCUUUUACACUGUCCGUGUAUAUAUAAGGGAGUUAGUGAUAUACCAUAUCAGUUAAUUUGAAGUGGCAACUCCAUGAAACUAAACAGAAUAAAUAAGUUUGUCUUUGCAGCUGUUACCAUUUAGUCGACGAAUAAUGCUGAUAAUCAUUUUCCUUUACUUUCUUGCAGAAAAGGUUAAGUAUUCCUGCGACCGUUUCACGGAGCUUGAAGCACAUGAGCAAGUGAAGAAGUUAUGACAGAAGAAGUAAGAACUCUUGGUGUAUUGGAUCAAAUCAUUACGUUAAGCCACAACCAAAGGCAGUCCCCGUUAUGUCUCCGCCGUUUCCGCGACUAGGCUCGGAGAAAACGAAAUAAUGGUUCACAUUCAUCGUCCGAUGAAACUAAACACAGUGACUAGAAGAAGAUGGGUUUCUUGUGGAUGUUCAUCUUCAAGGUCUCAAGGGGAAAGGCGUUUCUACACUUUGCAUCUUCAAGUGGAAAAUAUGGAUGAUUAUUACAAAAUGAAUAGCGAAGAGUUAAGUGAAAAGGAUGUUGUAUUUAUAUGAAAAAUCCGAAAACUCGUUAGGUGAUUUAUUCAUAUUGUGUGGUUAUCCUCUUUUCUUGUUUCUUUUUAGUUAUGUCCUUUUCUUAUUAAUACUCUUAACAUUCUUGUCUCUUGACCAUAUCGUUAGUGAUAGACGAGUUGUAUUGGUUUUUUGAUAGAAGUCAUAGAUCAUUUACUAAAUAGUAUUGACAGAAGAAAGAAUUUCACAUUAUGGAACUAUAGUUUUAAAUUCCAUAAGAGUUAGGUUCAUGAGUUUUCUGUGUAUAACUGUGCAAAGACAAUGAAGGAAAAGAAAUGAUAUGGGGUAGUACAAUUUUGGAUUAAUGCUCAAAAGUGUUUAUAGUACAUUAUAUCUUCGAUGUGGAAAAAAUAACUAGCUUCGCAUAGUUCUAAAUAUUAAUAGGCUCGGUUUUAUAUACUUUUGGUCUAAUCGGUUUUAUAUACUUUGUAAAGAGUAUUGGUGGAUCUAGAAAAUAAUGUCCGAAAGAAGAUGUGGAGAAGUACCAGCUGAUUCAUUUGAUUGGCACAGAUCUUUAGAAAGCUCAAAUGCAUGCAUAUUUUAUGAAUCACCAUCUGUACAAAAAGGUGAGUCCUUGAAUUUGUCAUCAACUAGUAAUAAUCUUGUUCUUAUAGACUAAUAACUUAAGAUUGAACUCUAAGAUAUGUCUUCCUUAUAACUUUUUUUCUUCUCUUUCCCCAUGACAUUAUUAAGCUAUAUGUUAUAUUCUAAGAAAACAGUUAAUCCAAAAAUUUGAUCAUAUCUUAUAAGUCCAGCUUAAAUAUGGGGAAAGAAUUAAAGAUCACUUGCUAAAUUUCCAUAGUUGUAAACCAUCACAAACAUAGAGACAGUCCAGCUUGUAUUCGAUAAAUAAAUUUAAUAUUUCAACUAAAAAUUAUCAAUAAAAAAAAUAAAGAUAAUUUGAUGAAAUAUCCAAAAUUUUAUUUGAGGAUUUGAAACCAAACUAACACUUCAGAUAUACAUAAAAUUCAUAGAUAUAGAAAUAAAAAUAAAAUGAUGUGACUGUUUUUAGCAUGUACAUUAAUAAUGAGAAUUAUAAAUAGAAAUUACAAUUAACAUUAAUUACACUUAUAUGGUAAAUUUUUUUGCUAAGCUAUCUGGUAAAUGUUCUAGAAGCAGUAUGCUGAUAAAUUUAAAAAAUAUAAGAAACGAUGAAAUAAGUAAACAGUUAUAAUGUUGACUUUGAUAAAUCAACCUACACAUUUUAAAUCAAGGGUUUAGAAGAAAAAAAGGUCAAAACUUAAACUAAAUUGAGUGACAUAAAUACAAAUAGACAGUUCAAAGAAAUCAAUAUAUUUAAAAUUAUAAAAUGAUACAACUGUAUUGUAAAAAAGAAUCGAUUCUUCGUUGACAUAAAAAUAGGUAAAAAUGACAAUAAGUCAAUUUUGUAAAACAGUUAACUAACCUUUUUUUUGUCACGAAAUAAAACAGUUAACUGACCAAAAUAUAAUUAUUUAAUACAAGUAGAUCAUACUGUUUAAUCGACUGGCUUGUAAUAAAAAUUGAUAACCAAACAAGUUAACUUUACUAAAAAGUCAAUACACAAUGAUAUAAAACAACCAAGGAUGUGAAUAGAAAUAACGUAUAGUCGAUGAAUAUAAACGAUGAACCUUCAACUAUAUAAUAAAUCAACUUUGCAGUAAAACCUAAUAAGUCAACUAUUUUAAUAAUUAGAUAUAAAUCAAAUAAGCAUAUUGCCAUGAAAUGUACGUAGACAGUGUAAGAAACGAUGAUGAAUAAGUAAAGAACCCUCGAGAACAAUGAUAAAAAGAGAGAGUUAGAUCCAGAAAAUUAGAGAGAGAUUGGAAAAUGUUAUUGGUGAGAAAUAGAUCCAGAAAAUUAGAGAGAGAUUGGAAAAUGUUAUUGGUGAGAAAGUAAAAAGUAAAUGAAGAAUUUUUUUUUAGAUUUAUUUGUGGUUUACAAGUGAUUAAAAUACAUAAGGAAGAAAGAUUAAACAAAAACUAAACUAGAGGCAAGUGAUUUGAUGUGGCAGAUUUAGGCUCCAAGAGUUCAAAUACACUCUCUUGCCUCCAAAACACGUGUGGAUAGGUUUCUGUGGAUGAUUUUCCUUGGAAAUGAAUUCCGUGGAUGAAUUCCUAUGGAUGAGUUGGCUUAGAUCAUGCAAUGACUCUUUUACUUUUGGUCAUGUUUUCUUCAUUCCAACAAUUAAGUCAUUGCUUCUUCCUUCUUCAUUCCAACACUCCACCUCAAACUUGACCAUAGAAGAUCUUUGGACAAGCUUGGAACCUUGAAGAAGCUCCCUCAUUAAAAACCUUAGCAAGAAAACCCUUUGGGACAAAACUUACUAAGGGAAAAAGAGUAGAGUUCAACAAGGCCUAGGGAUUGGCCAAUGAGUCUAAGGAACUUCAGAUAACUCAUGGUGAAGUCCUUAGACUCUGGAUCAUGGCCUAACUUAUGAUGUAAGUGUGAACUCCUUAACUUGCACACACCAACGUCUCGGAUCUCUUCUCUUGGCUUGUUUGAUGUCUUCCCCUUUCUUCUGACUCCUUGCCAUCUUCAAAGGGUGUAGGAACGACCAGCUUCUGAUAUAGAGACCUCCAAGUACCUAUAACCCAAUGCAUAAACACUUGCAUCAAUUCUCAAGGCAUAAACCAAUCAAACUUCAACUCAAACAUUAAACUGGUUACCCCCCUUGCAUAUGAGUGAAUGGGACUGAUGAGGAGUGUCUUUGAGACACUUGAGUCCUCCAUAUGAUCUGAGGUGAGGUUGACGACAUGAACCUUCAGGAUAGCUCACCAUUACCCCUCCUCAAGCUUGAUCC